AGAAUUCUCCUAGAACCACAUUUUACUUCACUUCAGCUCAGAACUCCUCCAUCGAAACUUCCAAACAAUCCGUAACGGGCACAAGACCUUGACCAGUCCCUUGCCUCGCCACCUUCCAUAGUCAACCCAAGAGAAGAAAUCACAAGGCUUAACCUUUUGCCCAGAAAUGACAGGAGGGGUGAACAGGAAAAUAUCUGCGGCUUCAGCCAGAGCUCACACUAGAAGAACUAAGCAAAACAGCUCUCUUAAAUUUCCUCCAGGGAUCUUUUCAAAAAUAUUAUUGGUCUUGUUAGUGGGGAUUUUGGCAUGGGCUUUUCAGGCGAUCCGACCUCCUCCACCCAAGACAUGUGGUUCUCCAGGUGGGCCUCCUAUUACAGCACCAAGAAUAAAGCUUAGAGAUGGGAGGCAUUUGGCCUAUAAAGAGCAUGGUGUCUCAAAAGAUGUGGCUAAGUUUAAAAUUAUCGUUGUCCAUGGUUUUAAAGCUUGCAGGCACAAUCCUGCUGUUGCUGAUCACCUUUCUCUGGAAAUUGUUGAAGAAUUAGGGAUCUACAUUGUGUCAUUUGACAGACCAGGUUAUGGAGAGAGUGAUCCUCAUCCAAAACGAACAUUGAAAAGCUUUGCUUUAGAUGUCGAAGAACUGGCUGAUCAAUUGGGACUUGGAUCCAAAUUCUAUGUAAUUGGCCUUUCCAUGGGUGGUGAGUUGACUUGGAGCUGCCUCAAGUACAUUCCUCACAGGCUAGCAGGAGUAACGCUAUUAGCUCCGGCUAUUAACUACUGGUGGCCUGGUUUUCCUGCAAACCUAUCUAAUGAAGCUUACCACCUACUGCCUACACCAGAUCAGUGGGCAGUCCGUGUUGCCCAUUACACACCCUGGCUAACCUAUUGGUGGAAUACUCAAAAGUGGUUCUCUGGUUAUACUGUUAUAGCUGAUAAUCCUGAUAUUUUUUCUCAGCAAGACAAGGAAAUCUUUGCAAAGCUUUCAACAGAAAAGAGAUACCUGGAACAUGUGAUACAGCAAGGAGAAUAUGAAUCCUACCAUCGUGACAUGAUGUUUGCAUUUGGCACCUGGGAAUUAGAUCCUAUGGAUCUGGAUAAUCCAUUCCCAAACAAUAAAGUUUCUGUUCAUCUAUGGCAAGGAGAUGAAGAUCGUUUGGUUCCUAUUAAGUUGCAGCGCUACAUUACUCGACAACUUCCCUGGAUUCAUUAUCAUGAGUUACCUGGUUCUGGGCACUUUUUUCCUUUCAUCGAUGGGAUGUCUGAUAAGAUUAUAAAGGCAAUGUUAACUGGAGAGUAGCGACCUUCUGCAUUGUUGAUGGGCUACCUCAGGUCAGAAUUUUUUGGUUGGUCUUCUUUGUUGUCCGAGCUGAGGAUUUGAAAUUUCUGUUACUCAUUUUGUUGUGUAAGAUAAAUUUUGUACUAGUGUCUUAUGAUUGAAUAUGUGGGAUUUAUUUGGAUUUAAAUAUUGGUUGUGCCAACCUGGAAUGGUUGUUUUGAGUGAGUUGGCAAUCGUUGAGCUGUAGAAAGGAUGAACUGACCGAUAUGGAUCCUCAGUUUAUCUGCUGAGUGGUCUGAUAUCAAUAACAAUACAUGCACAAUUUGUGUCCUGCAUGUGAAAUGCUUCUGAUUGAUUAAAUAGUUAGUAGUGCCCCUGUUAAAGUUC